GCCCCUCCCCUCCCCUCCCCCUGCCGCCGCCGCGGAGAGCGCAGGGAGCAGCCGGCGGCUCGGUAGCGGCGGUGUCUGGCCCCGGCUCCUCCUCCUCCUCCUCCUCCGUCUCCUCCUCUCUCCCUCCAUCUGCCGUGGUUAUGGCCCGUCGCUGGAGCACAAAAGAGUCUCCGCGGUGGAGGUCUGCGUUGGUCUUGCUUUUCCUCGCUGGGGUGUACGGAAAUGGUGCUCUUGCAGAACAUUCUGAAAAUGUGCAUAUUUCAGGAGUGUCAACUGCUUGUGGAGAGACUCCAGAACAAAUUCGAGCACCUAGUGGUAUAAUCACGAGCCCAGGCUGGCCUUCUGAAUAUCCUGCCAAAAUCAACUGUAGCUGGUUCAUAAGGGCAAACCCAGGGGAAAUCAUUACUAUAAGUUUUCAGGAUUUUGAUAUUCAAGGAUCCAGAAGAUGCAGUUUGGACUGGCUGACAAUAGAAACAUACAACAAUAUUGAAAGUUACAGAGUGUGUGGUUCCACAAUUCCACCACCAUAUAUUUCUUCACAAGACCACGUCUGGAUCAGGUUCCAUUCCGAUGACAGUAUCUCUAGAAAGGGUUUCAGACUGUCAUAUUUUUCAGGGAAAUCUGAGGAACCACACUGUGCUUGUGAUCAGUUUCGUUGUGGUAAUGGGAAGUGUAUACCGGAAGCCUGGAAAUGUAAUAACAUGGAUGAAUGUGGAGACAGUUCUGAUGAAGAGAUCUGUGCCCGAGAAGCUAAUCCUCCACCGUCUGCUUCUUUUCAACCCUGUGCUUACAACCAGUUCCAGUGUCUGUCCCGAUUUACCAAAGUUUACACUUGCCUCCCGGAAUCUUUAAAAUGCGAUGGGAACAUUGACUGCCUUGACCUAGGGGAUGAGAUAGACUGUGAUGUGCCAACUUGUGGGCAGUGGUUAAAAUAUUUUUAUGGUACUUUUAAUUCUCCCAAUUAUCCAGACUUUUAUCCUCCUGGAAGCAAUUGCACCUGGUUAAUAGACACUGGUGAUCACCGUAAAGUCAUUUUACGCUUCACUGACUUUAAACUGGAUGGUACUGGUUAUGGUGAUUAUGUCAAAAUAUACGAUGGAUUAGAGGAGAAUCCACACAAGCUUUUGCGUGUGUUAACUGCUUUUGAUUCUCAUGCGCCUCUCACAGUUGUUUCUUCUUCUGGACAGAUAAGGGUACAUUUUUGUGCCGAUAAAGUGAAUGCUGCAAGGGGAUUUAAUGCUACUUACCAAGUAGAUGGCUUCUGUUUGCCGUGGGAAAUACCCUGUGGAGGUAACUGGGGGUGUUAUACUGAGCAGCAGCGAUGUGAUGGGUACUGGCAUUGUCCAAAUGGAAGGGACGAAAUCAAUUGUACCAUGUGCCAAAAGGAAGAAUUCCCAUGUUCCCGAAACGGUGUCUGUUAUCCUCGUUCUGAUCGUUGCAACUAUCAGAAUCAUUGCCCAAAUGGCUCAGAUGAAAAAAACUGCUUUUUUUGCCAGCCAGGAAAUUUUCAUUGUAAAAACAAUCGUUGUGUGUUUGAAAGCUGGGUGUGUGAUUCUCAAGACGACUGCGGAGAUGGCAGCGAUGAGGAGAAUUGCCCAGUGAUUGUGCCUACCAGAGUCAUAACUGCGGCCGUCAUAGGGAGCCUUAUCUGUGGCCUCUUACUCGUCAUAGCGCUGGGAUGCACCUGUAAGCUUUACUCUCUGAGAAUGUUUGAACGAAGGUCAUUUGAGACACAGUUGUCAAGAGUGGAAGCAGAACUGUUAAGAAGAGAAGCCCCUCCCUCUUACGGACAGUUGAUUGCUCAGGGUUUAAUUCCACCGGUUGAGGAUUUCCCUGUUUGUUCCCCUAAUCAGGCUUCUGUUUUGGAAAACCUGAGGCUAGCCGUGCGAUCCCAGCUUGGAUUUACUUCAAUCAGGCUUCCUAUGGCAGGCAGAUCCAGCAACAUUUGGAAUCGUAUUUUUAAUUUUGCAAGAUCGCGUCAUUCAGGGUCAUUGGCUUUGGUCUCAGCAGAUGGAGAUGAGGUUGGCCCUAGUCAGAGUACCAGCAGAGAACCUGAAAGAAAUCAUACUCACAGAAGUUUGUUUUCCGUGGAGUCUGACGACACAGACACAGAAAAUGAAAGAAGAGAUACGGCAGGAGCAUCUGGUGGGGUUGCAGCUCCCUUGCCGCAAAAAGUCCCUCCCAUAACAGCGGUAGAAGCAACAGUGGGAGCAAGUGGAAGUUCCUCUGCUCAGAGUACCCGAGGUGGUCACACAGAUAAUGGAAGGGAUGUGACAAGUGUGGACCCCCCAAGUGUGAGUCCAGCACGUCACCAGCUCACAAGUGCACUAAGUCGUAUGACUCAGGGGCUGCGUUGGGUACGUUUUACAUUGGGGCGAUCAAGCUCUGUAAACCAGAACCAGAGCCCUUUGAGACAACUUGAUAAUGGGAUAAAUGGAAGAGAAGAUGACGAUGAUGUCGAAAUGCUAAUUCCAGUUUCUGAUGGAGCUUCAGACUUGGACGUGAGUGACUGCUCCAGACCUCUUCUUGAUCUCGCCUCAGAUCAAGGACAAGGGUUUAGACCACCCUGUAGUGCAACAGACCCUGGGGUGAGGCCAAGUAAUCGAGAUGGCCCUUGUGAGCGCUGUGGUAUUGUCCACACAGCCCAGGUACCGGACACUUGCUUGGAAGCAACACUGAAAAAUGAAAUGAGUGAUGAUGAGGCUUUGUUACUUUGUUAGGUACAAAUCACAUGAGGGAGGUUGUAUACAAGUUGGAGCAAUAUCCAUUCAUUGUCUUUUAACUUCACAAUUAAACUAGGUUUAAUUUAAAAAGAAAAAAGAUGCAGGGUGAUUUCUUAUUGUUAUAUGUUAGCCUGCAUGGUUAAAUUAAACAACUUGUAACUCUAUGAACUUGAGAGUUCACUAUUUUAGCAGCUAAAAAUGCAUUAUGUAUUCCUAUUGUUCAGUAAUGUUCUUUCAUCUGUUUCUAAUUGUUUUUAUCCUGGUACUGUAGUUCACGGUAGAAAUACGGCUGCUGAAACUCAUUUGUCAGUUUAUCCUAUCUUAUGUUAAAACGUUUGUUUGUACAAAAUAAUUCCUUCUUUUAAUUGAACCUUUAUGCUUUUGCCAAUACAUCUUGUAACUUAAUAUACUAGAUGUUAAGGUUGUUAAUAUACAAAAAAAAAACCUUAUAUUCACCUGUGUUUUUAUUUGUAUAACAUUUGUCUAAAUAUUAUUGGAUUUCAUCAUAAUAUGAACUUGUCAGAGGGAAAAACACUUUGUCUAAAAAUUUUUCUCUUCUGUUUAACAUGCAGUGAUGUGAAAUUUAGAUAGAGUUAGAUAAAUUAAUGGCAAAAAACAAAACUUUUAUAGAUUUUCUAAUGUUGACUUUAAUACUCUAAUAUGGUACAAACCAAAUGGUAAAAUCCAAAAUCAUUUCUUUUUUCAUCUCUAUUUAAGGACAGAAUUAAGCAGAUGAAGAUACUCUACUAUGCAUUAAAUCUUGAACUUUAUAAAAUAUGUACAAAAAUUGUACAAGAUAAGUUCCAACUAGUAAUGUCUUUCCCUGAUGCAGGGUUAUGCUUGUAUUGGACCCUAGGGAUUUGCACUAAAAUCAUAUCAAGGUCUCAGAUGAGUUUAGUGCACAAGCACUAUCACUUUAAAUACUAUUAUUUGCUAUCAUAAUGACUAUAUAUUUCCAUAGCUUUUGGGUGGUAAGGGGGAGCAUUUUUAUUACAACUUGAAAUUGCUUUGCUCGUUUCAUAUUUAUUUGUUGUAUUUAAAGACUACAUUGUUGUACGAAAGUGAUUUUUUCAAUAUAUUUUAUUCAUGGGGGGAUCGUGCUACAUUAUUGAAAAGCAAAUUCAGAAAUCAUUCAGAUCACCCCCCUUUUUAAGUAAGAAUUGCAAAACCUGCAUUUUUUUAUUGUCAAUUCCUGUUUAUUUAUUCUUUAGCUGUCUGUUUUAGUAGCUUGAUGAUUGAGUAUGAAAAAUGUAUUUGUGUGUGAUUAUUGCUAUUUAUUAAAUUUUAAAUACUUUGCUGAAUGUCAUUUUAAAGCAUGUUUGAGGUCUUGUGUAUUUGUCGUGUUAUGCUGUCAGGAAGAACUGACUGAAAUGUUUUAAUAAGUAUCAAAAAUUAAAAUGACUUUUUUUGUAUUGUCUUGAGGUACUUUUUAAAUCAAAAUUGCUCUUUAUUUUUGUUUCAUUUUGGUCUAUAUACAAAUUCAGGUCACAAAAUAUGCAGUUAUAUCUAGAAGAAAAAUUAAGAGGAGGUUAUUGUUUCUUAAUUACUUUAUAGUAAAGUAGUAGCUUAUACCAGCACUCGAGGGUGAAAAUCCUUAAGGACCUGAAUAAUAUUUUGCUUUUGAGAAAACUUCCUCUUAGUUGAUAUAUCUUGUAAGAUACAGUCACGCAAUCAGUUAUCUUUUUGUAUUAUUUUCAGAUACAUUACAGACUCCUAUAGAUUAUUCUACUGGCAGAUUUUGGCUUCCCAAAUUAAUCUUGUUAGGUCCUACUAGUAAUAUACAAUCAUAUAGAGGUUUUUUGGUUUUCUGGCAUAUGUUUUAUUUAUUUAUUUUUUUUAAUUAACACAUACAUCUUUCUGGGUCAAACAGUAAAAAGUAAGGCUCUUUCCUA